AUGUCGCCCGCCACGGACAGAACGGUUGUAAAAUACAGCGAGAAUGACACCAUCGUAGAAGUCCUCAAAGGCGCAGUCACCGCCCGUCUGCUCUCCCACGACCCCUCGCGCUCCUUCGCCAUCGAAGCCACCUUCAACCUGCACAAGGGCGCCGAAUUCUUCUUCUCCGAAAAGAACAAGCCUCCGAUGCACUUCCACGUGGCGCAAGAGGAAUACGUUGAGUGCCUGCAGGGCAAGCUGGUCGUUGAGACGAAGACGAAGACGAAUGGCCCUGGCCCUGGCCCCCUCCGACAGAAAAAGCACGAGUACCAUUUCUUGACGCCCGAGGAUGGUCGGUUCUGCAUCCGACCGUAUGUGAACCAUCGCUUGUAUCCGGCUCCGCUGGAGGAGCAGCAGCAGCACAUAGUCAAGUUUCUGCUGAGUGGAGCCAAGACCGAUAGCGUGUUUGGUGAGCUCAACGACGUGUUUUUUGAGAAUUGGUACGGGUAUCAGGAUGAGGUGGUGGUGCGUGGAGCGGGCCACAUUGAUUUGUUCCAGUUGUUUUGCACAUUCGAUGCUGGUGGAACGUAUGUGUCCUUCCCCGGGUGGGUGCCGUUCGGCCAGAGCAUCUCAAUCGCCUUGGGCGUGGUUUUGGGCAGAUGGAUUGGAAGUGGGUUGCUUGGAUACCAGCCCUUUUACAGGAAGUGGACGACCGAUUGGGAGCUGGCUUGUCAAAAGAUGGAAAACUCUAUUUUCCAGAGGCGGUUUGCGGAUCGAUCCAAGACUACCUUAGGUAAUUAG